AUGAUCUUAACUGUUCUGGUCCUGGUUCUUUCGCUGGCUUCAUUGCCCCUGUGCCAUCUCGUCUCGUCUGGGACCGUUGGAGGAGCCAGUCGUGAGUGCGCAGACUUGAAGACCGCGUCGCAGAAGUACUCCUCUCCCCCGGCCUCCUCCAUGGCGUCCCUGGGCUCCUGCCUCUGGACCCUGGUGUGGUUGGUCAUACUGCUGGUGAUCGGCUGGCCCCUGAGCGUCCUGCUGGGGGCGCUCUACGGCCUCAUCAGCCCCCUGACCACAUGCCUGGGCCUGGACCGCCUCUCUGACCUGCUGCUGGAGGGGGCCAACAUAGGACGCACCUGUGCCCAGAACAUGAGGCACAGCAAGCCCCUCUGCUGA